GAUUGUCAGUUCACUAAAACCAAGGAUGACACUGCUCUUCGUGUUGUUUACCAAGGUAACUUAUAUUUGGGCAGCUGUGGCAACUGCUGCAAGAGAUGGUUCAUCACUUUCAAUGGAGCCGAGUGCAGUGGUCCCAUGCCUAUCGACGCGGUGCUGUGGAUCCGAAAUAAAGACCAAGACAACCACAGAGCCGGGUUCAUUGAGGGCUACUGUAACAACAUACACAAGGGCAAAAUCCGAGUUGGAAUCAACAUUGGAAACUGUGCAGGAUAUGGAAACUCCAAUGGUUACACAGGCUGGAAUUCAGUGUCACGUUUGAUCAUGGAAGAAGUUCCUCGGUCCCAGUAACAAGUUGAAAAGCGUCACGUGGUUAUUAAUGACGUAUUAAAGGGCUCUAAUAACAUUUUUAUGUAAAGCAGUGCAGCUUUGAAACCACAAUAAACUCUGCACGUGACUACUGAUGUAUGAACAUGUCACAAGUUUUUGUAUAAGUACCUAUUCGGUUUAAGGUUAAGAUUAGAUAUACGCCCUUUCUAACGUUUAUUAAAUAAAUGUCCAUCCCCAAGACAUUAACUAAAGGUUUUUUUCUAAGUGCCUACAAUAAGUGCCCACCCUCAAGGUUUUCCAGUAAGCGUCCACCCUUAAUUUUAAGGAUAUUAAAUAUAUGCCCUUCGUUAAGGAUAUGUAGUUAUUUCCGGAUUCCAGAACUGUUCACUUUCAAAAGGAGGCUAAGUGGAAAAACUUUUUUUUAGUGAAAUAAGUCUUAUUUGCAUGAGAAUUAAAAAUCAUUCUCAUAUGAAUAGCUUCGCACUUAGCCUCGCUUUGAAGCAAAGAGCUGGGCGAGUCGGAAAUGGUCUAUUCACCAUUUCAGGUAGACCAUAAUGCACCUUGUAUAUACUCCCAAACAUUUUGCAUAACAAUUGUAACAAUGUUUUGGGGGACGACUAUAAUAGGAGUCUAACACCCAUUACUCAGGAGAAAUUAGAAACAAUGGUAAUGCUUGUUUUUUGUUUUUUUGUGUGUUUUUUUUAGGGGGGGGGGAAGGAAGGGGGUAAGUGAAAAUGGCGAAUAAGCUGCCUACCCACCCCGUCCUCGAAUUGACUCUCUAGGGACAUAACGUUUUCUGUCAGUUUAAUUCCAUUGCCCUAGUGUACAUCUUUCAUGGGAUUGUGGGCAAACUUAGGGGGGUACCCUGCGUGGCGUGGGACCUUUGAGACCCAUUACUGUACAUACCAUUGCCUAACUACAUGAAGAGAUCAGAUUUGUUUUGCUCUAGUACAAGACAAUGGUGGUGCGGUGAAAACUUGGAAAUAAACACCAACGCGGUCGACUGGGCUCAUACAAAUACGACUUAAUUACACUUGUUGUACAUCAAAAUAUUUGCUAAUGAUCGGACCCGUUGAGGUCAUUUCGUCAAUAUUAGUUCUAAGCAUAUCACACGGCGUAAAACUUUUGAUUACACAGUGAAUUGUAUUUUUAUAAUAUCAAUGACACUUGCCUUCUACUAAACAAAGUGAAAAAAAUCAAAAGAUGGCAUAUUUAUUGUCUCCGGUCAUAAUAAUCAAAACAACACACAGUAAUUAAUUCACCGACGAAAAUACUCAGUCCUUGGUAUUUGUUUUUCAUGAUAGUUGGUAGACCAAAAAAAAACCUUUAGUACUCGACAGACUCAAGCUCCCAUUCCCAUUCAUUCAGUUUUUUUGAUAAAUUAGUUUCGCAUGUUUCAUGGAGGCGUUCAGGGACAGCAAACAUAUAUUUCUGUUACUCAUCAGUGUCUGGGUAAGCCGACAAAUAAAAUAUAAAUGUUGUCAAUUCUUUUUAUGGAAAUCAUGCUUCACUACGGUUGAUAAAUUGCAUUGACUGAAAUGUUUUUCUCUCAUACUUUCCCGUCAACCCCGGGUCAUGCUAAAUAUGAUCAAGACAGACUUUUAAUCCGGUGACAGAUUUCAAAGAGGAAACAUCGCAUAUGAGUUACAACUUCCAUAACGGGAGCCGCCUUCAUUUUUUAACAUAAUAAAAUAAAAUUUACAGCUGUUACAAUUACAAUCACAAUUCCUAUAGCGCCAGAAUCCAUAGGGUUCAAUUACAAUUUGAAAGAUUCAUCAGUUACUAGUACCCCUCAAUUCAAGAAAACAGCUGGAGUGAAUGAUGACUUCAAACUCGCCAGCUACUCUUGAACGAUUCAGCAGUCCGUUUAAAAUUUAUGCCCCGAUUUGCUCGUCUUUUAAUAUGCCGUCGAUAAUUCCAAGACAGCACUUCUGGAUUUGCUCAAUAUCAUACAAUGGGCAAAGUCUCUAGGGUCGAAUCCACUGAAUCUACUGGAAAACUCAAAAGGGAUGUUUGUUAUCAACAGAGUUCUUCUAGUAGAGGCAAAGAUUUAGAUAAAAUUACCAUACUUAGUACACCGAAAAUUGAAAAGAUCUGUUUCAGCCGCAAAGUGUCAAUUCAGCCCUGGAGGCCAAAGUCUGAUUCAGCCCUUCCUGGAGCCAUUUGAGCACAAUUUAGGCCAAAAAAGCUCUACCAAAAGGCUAUUCCAGCCAAAUUAGACUCAAAAAUAGGACUGUAUUUUUCUCACCGAAACGGCCUUAUUUUUAGGGCUAAAACAGAUCUUUCUGAUUUCGAGUGUAUACAUAACAAAGUGCUUAUAUAUUAGGAUAGUAAAGAGACGUGAACUGUUCAAUGGUCAUUUUGUGCAUUAGCGACAACAGGCCUACCAUCUUCUGUUUGUGUUGCUUCGCUUAAACACAAUUUCCUCAGAAGCGACAUUCUUUUGAACAGAUCAAAACGCUGAGAAACAGAAUCACGAUCAUUAGCGUGUACUUUGCAGCCCGCAAUUUAAUGCUUGGGAAGCAGCCGUAGACCAGAGGCCUCGAAAGUUGAUCAACGGAGAGAGAAUAUUGGAUAAAUUAACGGUAAGAAAAAAUAGAGCUCACCUUCGGCCAGUUUUGAUUACUUUCUGUGAUACUUUUUAUGGAGAGAUUCCGUUAGCGAGUCUUGAUGAAGAAUUUUUUGAGAAACAAUGUAACCAUUUUAUGACGAAAACUCUAUUUGGGAGCUAGAUUUCACUUGCUGCGCUCGGAAAAGUUUAACUUAACAAUACUGAAACUACUGGGAAAAUAAGGUUGAAGGAAGAAAAAAAAUGUAUAUCUAUCAGAUCUAUUGGUAAGCCUCCGCCGGUCACUUAUUCAGCCGGACUUUUAGCAACUCUGCCAGUAUUAAAACUGUCUGAAAUUGUAUAAAUACUCGACUGGUUUACAAUUUGCCUGAACGAAAGCUUCAAAGCCUCAAAGCAAUAAGGAUCCGCGAUACAUCGCAAAUAAUAAUAAGAAGGGCCUAUUUUAAUCAUUGUUUUAUCAGACAGUGAAAUAGCGCUGUUUGAAGUGCAAUGGCAAAUUAUACCGUUCAUGGCUUUUCUAAGUAAAAAAAAAAACUCCCUAAAACACCAUUAAAAAUCAAAUGUUAGGAAAAUUUGGGGUUACCUUAGUGAAUUGUCUUAGUCCCUAUUCAAAUUCAAACGUUCAUCGCCAAUUUUGGGGGGUGAAAAAGAGACAAAACCUACGCCAAGACCUUGAAUUUUAUAAAAGUACGAACAUUUAUUUUAAGUCCAUUAGUUUGGUCGCCUGGCUUUAAUCGAGAUUUGUCAAGCAAAGAUUUUUUCAUAUUUGAAACGUCCAAUAAUUGUGACCGUACAUACUUAUCUUCCUGUUCGCUGUUAUUGCACUAAGUCGUUCAAGGUCAGUUAACAAUCCAUUUUGUCAGCGCCUGCCUUUAGUAUUCACACAACAAGAAAAAUUUCGUUCAAAUUAAUUCAAAAAGUGAACUUGAGUGAAGUGAAUAAAGGGCGUGGCGGGUACCCCUGGAUCACGUGGUAUGAAAAGAGGAAAGGGACCAAGUGGAACAAGCGCGGAUCACAGGAACUUGAAACAAUCUGUGUGGAAGAACGCUGAUGGCCGUGACAUUGGUUUGAUCAAGGUUUGCGAAUUAAUUUAUCUGCGAUCAAAGCUAUAGUUCAGUUGGCAUGAACACUCGCCACCUUAAAAUAUCAUCCCGGACUCUGUGCUUGUUUGACGACCAGCCUACUUUUUUAGUUAUUGCUAAACGUUGUCCAGUUUUAUUUCUUUACGAAAUAAAAUUAGGUUAUUCAAACGGAAUAUAGGGUACAAAUAAUGGGCUCCUGAUAAUGACAUUUUCAGUUAAAAUUAUUGUUCCUCCAGUACUAAUUUGUUGUUGCGGGAUUGUCAGUUCACUAAAACCAAGGAUGACACUGCCCUCCGCGUUACUUUUCAGGGAAACCUGUAUUUGGGAGGGUGGAGUCACUGCUGCAAGAGAUGGUUCAUCACUUUCAAUGGAGCCGAGUGCAGUGGUCCCAUGCCUAUUGACGCAGUGAAGUUUAUCAGACAUAGUUCGCAAAACAACCAAAGACCCGAGUUCAUUGAGGGCUACUGUAACAACAUACACAUGGGCAAAAUCCGAGUUGGAAUCAACAUUGGAUAUUGCGCCGGGUUUGGAAACUCCGAUGGCUACACAGGCCGGAAUUCGGUGUCCCGUUUGAUCAUUGAAGAAGUUCCUCGGUCCCAGUUACAAAAAAGAAAGCUCACGUGA